GCCCUGGGAAUCCGAAAGGACCCCCCCCCCCAAGUAAGGGGCGUGGUAGGGGUAGACUAAAUCUAGUCAUCGACGAUGAUCCCAUUAAGACCAGGGAGGGACUGGUCAGAAGAAAAAUGAUCGAAAUGGAAAAAAAGAAAUGGGACAAUAGGUAUGAGGUUUUACAGCCGGAAUCGGACCCGGAGGAUGGAGAAUUGGAAUAUACUUUUGGUUAUGGUGAACUGGAGGAGGCAGCAAUCAAAAAAGUGAGUAAAAUGGAGCAGGGAGCCAAUAGACAAUUGAUUGACCAGCUUAGGAAGAAAAGAGAGAAGGAAUUUCUCUCGGAACUUCUGAGCCUGAUAGCGGAUAGGGGCUUCGAGAAGGAGGUUGAACAACAUCUAAGGAAAAAGAAAUAUGGAAAAACGCAGACCGAAGAAGAGGAGUACAGGGAGUGGAACACUCCCCAAAGGCCGCCGUGGGAUGUCCCCAUUCCAGCCAAAACGCAGGCAAAGAUUGAUAGAAAAAAGGCUCUGUAUGCGGCAAGGGAAGAGGAAAGGAAAAAACAGCAAGAAGAAUGGGAGAAUAGUCUGCCUGGUCCCUCGUAUGCUAGACGGGAAAGGGAGAGGGAACAGAUAGAAGCGGAAAGAGAAGAGGAGCGUUGCCUACAGCGCUUAAGGGAAAUGAAAAACCCGUUAGGAUGGGUCUUUCGCCAGAACGAUGGGGAUGAGCCAAGUGAAGAGGUGUAAUUACUUGGGGGGCCACCUCAGGUGUCGACAAAAUAGUUUGUGGGGUGUCUGUAGGCUAUG